CUGCCAGACAGGAAGCUGGCACAAACGCACUCGUACUAAACAAACGCUGUUUUAAAAGAGAUCUGGUAACGCGGGUAGUUGUACAUCACACAGCUCGCCUUGCCUCUUCUCCCGGACAAAGGCUCCACUAUUUGGUGCAGAACAAGAUGCCUUUGAAAAACAACAGUGGCGGCGUUUAGCUGCUUCAACAGCUGAGAUCCUCCACAGCUCAAACAACAUACACAAAAGGCAGGGAGAAUUCCACGUGUUGUUUAAAAAGAGAGAGACAGAGAGAAAAAAGAGCUUUGCAGCACAACGUGGCAAGUUUUUGUUUUAAUUAACAAGGUGUGAUUUCAAACAAAAAAGACAAAACUCAUCUGCUGUUCAAUGUGAAACAUGAUCCAGUGGUGAGACAGAGGCAGACACGCUUUAGAUUGACAAUCUGAACAGGUGGGAUCAAUCUUGAGCUUCCUUGAGGAAGCCAGUUGCCAGGAAGGAAUCCUCUUCACUGAAGAACAACCAUGUCGAAGGGCAUUAACCUGAAGUUGUCCCAGAUCAUUUCAAUGUUGACAUUCAUAGCCGGGGUAAAUGUUUGCCAAGGAUUUAGCUUGCGCCGCGUGCAAAGAUCAGGAGGCACAAUCAAUCGUGAAGAUUCAGCCCGAGCUUCUACUUCUGGGUCAUGCAGGGGCAGAUGUUUUGAACUGCAAGAGGCGACUCCACCCAAUUGCCGUUGUGACAAUUUGUGUAAAAGUUAUAACAGCUGCUGUUCAGAUUUUGAUCAACUUUGUUUGAAGACAGGUUACAUAUCACGUUCCCAUCCUCGGGCAAGAGGGCAAGCAGGUCGAGCAUGGGAGUGCAGCAAAGACCGUUGUGGGGAAGCCCGAAAUGAGGAACAUGUUUGUCAGUGUUCUGACGACUGCAUGAGUAGAGGAGAUUGCUGCACCAACUACCUAGUUGCGUGCAAAGGCGAAACAAAUUGGUUGAGUGAAGAAUGUGAAGAUUUGAAGAUACCGGAUUGUCCAGCAGGCUUCACCCGUCCACCACUGAUUAUUUUCUCUGUGGAUGGAUUUCGAGCUUCAUAUAUGAAGAAAGGAGGCAAGGUCAUGCCCAACAUUGAAAAACUAAGAUCGUGUGGAACUCAUGCCCCCUACAUGAGGCCUGUUUAUCCGACUAAAACCUUCCCAAAUAUGUACACCCUUGCUACUGGACUUUAUCCUGAAUCACAUGGAAUUGUUGGCAACUUGAUGCAUGACCCUGUGUUUGAUGCCAAUUUCAGCCUUCGAGGUAGAGAAAAAUUGAAUCCUCGAUGGUGGGGAGGACAACCGAUCUGGGUGACCACUGUCAAUCAAGCUGUGAAGGCUGGCACAUUUUUCUGGCCUGUUAUCAUUCCCCACGAGCAAAGGGUGUUCACAAUACUUCAAUGGCUGAAGUUGCCAGAUAAUGAAAGGCCCUAUGUCUAUGCCUUCUAUUCAGAGCAACCAGAUGGUUACGGUCACAGAUUUGGACCAUUCAGCUCCGAGCUUACUGAUGCUCUUAGAACAACUGACAGAAUUGUCGGGCAACUGAUGGAUGGACUCAAACAGAUGAAACUGCAUCGUUGUGUCAACAUCAUCUUUCUUGGUGAUCAUGGAAUGGAAGAUGCAAGCUGUGAAAGAACAGAAUUUUUGAGUAACUAUCUCUCUACUGUUGAUGACAUCAUCCUGUACCCUGGAACUCUGGGACGUAUUCGCUCCAGAUACAGUAACAAUCCCAGAUAUGAUCCCAAAACACUGGUGGCUAACCUUACUUGUAAAAAACCGGAUCAGCAUUUCAAGCCCUAUUUGAAGAUGAACCUCCCAAAGCGUUUACAUUAUGCCAACAACAGAAGAAUUGAAGAUGUCCAUAUAAUGGUAGAGAGGAAGUGGCAGGUAGCAAGGAAACCAAUGGAAGUUACCAGAAAGCUCGCAGGAAAAUGCAGUUUUCAAGGCGACCAUGGCUAUGAUAAUAAAAUCAAUAGUAUGCAGACUGUUUUCAUAGGCUAUGGACCUAGUUUCAAAUUUAAAACCAAGGUUCCACCAUUUGAAAAUAUUGAACUGUAUAACGUUAUGUGCGACCUCCUUGGACUGAAACCAGCUCCUAAUAAUGGAACUCAUGGCAGCAUGAAUCAUAUAUUGCGGAACCCCCCAUUCAGACCAUCUAUACCAGAAGAAGUGGCUAAACCAUCCCAUAUUGCUGCUUCAGCAGUUCAGGAUGAUUUGGGUUGCACCUGUGAUGAGAGGAACAAAGGAGAUGAGCUGAACAAACGCCUGCAGCAGAGGGGAGUAGAAGAAAACAAGCACCUACUUUAUGGUCGUCCUGCUGUUCUGUACCGUACUAAGUACUAUAUCUUACAUCAUCAAGGUUAUGUAAGUGGAUAUAGUGAGACAUUCUCAAUGCCUUUGUGGACUUCAUACACCGUUCCAAAACAGGUGGAACUGUUUAACCUUCCAGACUUUCUGAACAACUGUGUGAGACCUGAUAUACGCAUCUCUGCAACUCACAGUCAAACUUGUUCAGCUUAUAGAGCAGACAGACAAAUUUCCUAUGGAUUUCUUUAUCCUCCCACUCUUGGUUCGUCACUUGAUGCUAAAUAUGAUGCCUUUCUAACUUCAAAUAUUGUUCCAAUGUAUCCUGCAUUUAAAAGAGUGUGGAACUACUUUCACAAGGUAAUGGUGAAAAGACUGGCCACAGAACGGAAUGGAAUUAAUGUCAUUAGUGGUCCAGUGUUUGAUUAUGACUAUGAUGGUCUCUAUGACACACUUGAUAAAGUAAAACGGCAAGUUGAUGGAUCAAUCCCAGUCCCAACUCAUUUCUACAGUAUUAUUACCAGCUGCCUGGAUAGUACUCAGCCUGUGGACAAGUGUGAUGGGCAACUCACUGCGUCAUCAUUCAUUCUUCCACACAGAUCUGACAAUGAUGAAAGUUGUAACAGUAACGAUGAUGAAUCAAGAUGGGUUGAAGACCUUAUGAAGUUACAUACAGCACGUGUGCGUGACAUUGAACACCUCACUGGUUUGGAUUUCUACCGCAGGACUAGCAGAGCUUACCCUGAAAUCCUUUCUUUAAAGACAUUCCUACAGACGUUUGAAAGUGAAAUCUAAACCUCUUGUGUAUUUGUUGUUCUCACAGUACAUCUUUUCCUUACAGGUGUAUAUUUUUUUAAUACUUUUUUGUAUUUAUUAAUUCAAACCAUAGAAUAUUUUAAAGGCUGUUACUUCAAAGCUUUGCACCUAAUGUCACACUUAAUAACAAGCAUGUGUCUUCUUCCCCACCUUUGUCAUUAUUUAGCUGUUUGAGUGAUGUUUGUGUUUAACUGUUUGUACUACUGUGGCUUUUGUUUUUUUGCCUAAGAUUAGGACUGGAGCCUACAGGAUUAAAAUUUGCAUUGAUAAAAAUCCAAGAUUAUUCACUGCAUUGUUUGUUCUGUAAUUUCUGUCCUGCAUAUUAUAAUAGGACGUAUAAAGCAAUUAUAUUUCAAUGUUGCUGAGAUGAGGCCAACUUAUAUUUGUGCUUCAUAUGCAAAUUGUGUCACAAUUAUUAUAAACCUUAAGUCAAAUUGCAACAAUGGUGCUUUGAUUCGGGAAGAAACAAAUAAUUUGCCCGUCAAAGAAGUAAAAUGUUAUAUUAAAUGUGAAAUAAGCAAGCUCCUACUUACUCUUCCAUGCACAUUACAGAGACGCUGUUAGCAGAAAAGAACUAUGGGACCUGAGAGGUCUAAAGGGAAUGGGAAAAAAGAAAAUAGUAUAGUGGCUGCUUUUAUCUUUUGAGGGGGCAUCUUUCCUCCUUUGAUGUUUGUUCAGAGUUUUUAUUGGAAUUAUUAUGUGUAUAGAUAUGUUCUGGAAUAAACUGCGAUCCAUACAACAUUUUCUUGAAACCUAUAUUUUAAAAAUGUGCUUUCUUCCAUGACAGUAAAUCUUGAGACAACCAGCUUGCAUUUUAAGAGUAAUCUUACAUUAAAUAUGCUACAACUUGAGCAACAGGCAACUGCAGUGGCUUUUUGAACAAGGAAUUCAGGUUUAAAUAUGCAGUUCAGAAUAAAGAUCAUGAGAAUGCUUCACAAUUUUCCUGAUUUUUUGGGUGACGGUUCUCAUGAUGGUCUGCCUCAGUGGAAGAGCUACAGAAACGGUAGUUAUACAGUUUUCCAAGGGUAGAAAUGGGAGAAAUCGUGUGGGAAUAACACCUUGUCUUUUUUUUGAAGAAAUAUAAAUUUGAAAUUAAAGCUUCAAAAAAUGAAUAAAUUAGCAUGAAUUUAACAAGCAUAGAGCUAAGUUGGUGCAAAAUAGCAUGAGCUGGCAUACAAUGUUGAAGCAACUUGGCUAGAACAUUACACGUAAAUGUUCUGUUUCAGUUUUGAGCAUGUUUCUGGGAUAUACCUGGGAAAGCAUGAGGUGUGAGCUGUCUCAUGUAUUUGAAAAAAAACAAAACAAGAAACAAAUUUGUUUCCUCUUCAGUUUAGCUUUCAGAUUAAAAUAGUGCCUGGAUUUCUCUUUCCUCAUGGAUGUGGGAUCUGUUUCAGUUGAAAUACGCACAAAUUCCAGAACAGAAGAACUACAUAAAAACUUGCCAGAUAACAUAUACAGUGUGUUCUGAUAAUGAAUUGACUAAAUAGUGUUUUGUUCAUUUUGUACUGCUAUCUCCAUGUUUUCCAUUUAUACUGAACUGGAGGGAGUGUUGAUACAGAAUGUACACAGUUGAAUUGCCCUGGCACAAUAGGUCAUUUCUGUGUAGUGGGUUUGUAAAUCAAAAUGGAAACAAAUAAACAUAAUCGUGUAAAAGAAA